AUUUGACAUCCUGUUUUAUCAGUGAGCUGUGUCAUUCUGAAGGUUCGCCAUCUGCCUGCACAUAAUGGUCCCGAGCCUGCUCUCCAGAGGUGAUGUGAGCUGAGCUAGCGGGGAAGCCGCAGAGGAGCUGUGCGUGUGUCGAGGUGCUGAUGCGGCUGUGACAGCAGCGAGCAUGGCUGCCGGGAAGUUGCUGCUCUACGCCGGGCUCUCUCUUUCUCUUUGCGCCCUGGGGAUGCUGGCCGUGGCGAUGUGCUCCGAUCACUGGUACGAGACUGACGCCAGGAGGUACAGGGACCGGUGCCGAAGCUAUUCCAGCCGCCGCAAGGACCCGGGCUUCAUCUACAUCCCCAACAACAGCCUCCCGCUGCGGGCCAGCCGGAGCAGCCUGCCGCGCUGGGAGGAGAAGCUGCUGCUCGCCCGGAACCGGCGGCAGCUGUUCGCCAUGAGCGCCGCGGACGACUGCCACAGGCAGUAUAACUCCACCAACAUGGGGCUGUGGAGGAAAUGCCAUCGGCUGGGUUUUGACCAGGAAAUCGAAGAUCUCAUCCGGAAAGGUUCCAUUGCAAGGUGCUCCUACAUCAAGUAUCACUACUCCUCGGCUACAAUACCCAAAAACCUCUCCAACAACAUCACCAACACAAUAAGGCAGGACGAAUGGCACUCCCUCCACUUGCGACGAAUGACAGCUGGUUUCAUGGGCAUGGCUGUGGCCAUCAUUCUCUUCGGCUGGAUCAUCGGCGUGCUUGGCUGCUGCUGGGAUCGAGGCCUCAUGCAAUAUGUAGCCGGCCUUCUCUUCCUUAUGGGAGGAACUUUCUGCAUCAUUUCCCUCUGUACCUGCGUUGCUGGCAUCAAUUUUGAGCUUUCGCGUUACCCGCGGCACCUGUACGGCCUGCCUGAUGACAUCGGCCAUGGCUACGGCUGGUCCAUGUUCUGCGCCUGGGGAGGCCUCGGCCUCACCCUCAUCGCUGGCUUCUUCUGCACCCUGGCUCCCUCUGUCCAGCCAAUACCCCGUUCCACCUGCCCCAAAUCCCGACAGGAGAAUGGUACCGUCUGCUAA